AUGGAGUCAAUACUACAAGUUGACAAACCCUAUGGUGGUAAGGUGGUUGUUCUUGGAGGAGAUUUUAGGCAGAUUUUACCAGUUGUGCUCAAAGCAUCAAGGCAGAACAUAGUACAUGCUACGAUAAACUCCUCGCCGCUGUGGAAUUUCUGUCGUGUCAUGAAGUUGAGUAAGAACAUGAGAUUGCAGUCAUGCUCUUCUCCAUCUAACGUGAAUGAUAUAAAAGAAUUUGGCGACUGGAUACAGAAUGUUGGUAAUGGGGAUGUUGGGGAAGACAAUGAUGGUCAAGCUUCGAUAGAGAUUCCAGAUGACAUGUUGAUCGGUGAUACAAAAGAUCCAUUCAGAAACCUACUCGAAUUUGUUUACCCGGAUUUGUUGAGUAACAUGUACGAUCUAGACUAUUUUCAAGGGAGGGCAAUUCUUGCACCAACUAAUGAAUGCGUCGAGUAUGUGAACGAUCACUUAAUGUCUCUCCUUCCAGGAGAGGAGAAGGUGUACCUGAGCUCAGAUAGUAUGUGUAGGGACGAGCAAACAACGGAGGAUAAUGUAGAAAUUUAUUCGACUGAAUUCCUCAACACAAUAAGAUGCUCCGGAGUUCCUUCUCAUGCGUUGAAGUUCAAGGUUGGUGCACCAGUUAUGCUAAUAAGAAACAUCGAUCAAGCUAGAGGAUUGUGCAACGGCCUGUCUGUCUUCAGCCAUGGUCAACUAUAUGUUGCACUGUCAAGAGUUAAGAGCAGAGCUGGCAUUAAGAUAUUCAUCAAGUCCGAUUCGGGUGAACUCACCAAUAUUACUAGAAAUGUCGUGUACAAGGAAGUAUUUCAUCGAAUUUGA